UGACUUCAAUCUUUUGUUGCAAAUGCUCAUGAAAAUCUGGGUAUCACCUUGCCGUUUCGUUAAUCCGUUAUGAUAUUAUCAACACUCCUGUAAAUGGUCUACACCCACUCGCUACUCGCAGCAGUCCAGCAGCAUGUAUGUUCAAUAGAAGUUCCUCCGCACAUUCCAUGGUCAAUAAUUGAAAAAUCAUGAGCAAUACAUCUCUCAACCCUGGUCCUUUACAGAAGUGCCAAAUUGAACUCAUUAGACAAAAACAAAUCAAAAAACAAGAUGAAAGUUCCCUUGAAUGAGAGAGCUAACCUUGCUAUAAGCCCACGUAUAAGACUAGAUUUUUGUAUGACUUUUAAGGUCACGUAACCAUAUUAACUCCCUAAUGCUUUUGCCGCCCAAAUUGUCUUCAAGUCCUCUCCUCUGGACCAUUCGGAGACCAUCUCUCUCUCUCUUUUCUUCACUCUUUUAACCUUGCAAACAAAAGAAACAAGAAAAACUAGAACAAAACUUUGACACUCUUUCCAUGGCAACCAUGUUUCUCUUCCUUCUCAUUCUCCUUAUAAUCUCUUCCUUAGUUCUUGCAGCUUCUAGCCCUUUUUCGAAUGCCUUGGAGAUCCUCUCAACCUCUGGCUAUCUCUCCAUGGCAUUAACCCUUAAAAUUACUUCGAAAAGACUCCAUCUUGAAUCAUCUGCUGCAACUAUAUUCGCUCCAUUGGACAUUGCAUUUGCAAGAUUAGGCCAACUUUCUGUUCUUGAUCUGCAAUAUCACAUCUCGCCAGUGAGACUUUCUGUGUAUUACCUCGAUAGUCUUCCUUUUGGUACAAGAAUCCCCACGUUGUUUCCAAAUCACUCAUUGAUUGUCACUACAAGUUUGAGUUAUUUUGAUGGAAAGUUGUCAAUCAAUGGAAUCUCGAUUGAAGAAUCUGCCUUGGUUGAUUUUGGGUCUGUGAUCAUGUUUGGUAGGAGUGAGUUCUUCAAUUCUUCUCUUGAGAUUUCUCCUAAUUUAACUCCAGCACAGAGCAAUACUUCUCAGAAUGAAUCAACAGGCUUAGAUGUCGAUUUUUUUGGCCAAGCUUCACAUUUACUAAUGUCUAGCGGUUAUUCAAUAAUUGGAACAUUUCUUGAUGUGCAACUGUUUGGGAUCAAGAACCAGACAAGAGUGACAAUCUUUGCACCAGUUGAUCAAGCAAUGGAUGCAUAUGCAAAGAAUGUUGGUGAUUAUUCAUCGAUCUUUCGGAAACAUGUGGUUCCUGGAUUGUUUCCAAGGCAAGAUUUGGAGGGGUUCAAUGAUGGAACAAGUUUGCCAACUUUCUCAGGAGGGUUCAUGAUUAAUUUGACUAGGUCUGGUGAUGUGCUUGUGCUUAAUGGUGCUCCUCUUAUCUUUCCAGACAUGUAUCAAAGUGACUGGCUGAUAAUUCAUGGCCUGAACCAACUGCUUAUGCCACCAUUAAAGGAGGAGGAGUUGGGGGGAGUUUCUCAGAACUUGAUGGAGCAGAAGAUAAGCCGGAUGUGCUUGGUAUUGAUGAUUAUGCAUAUGGAGCACCAUGAAUGUGUAAAUGAUCAGUAGUAGUCUCCUCUUUUAGUUAAAAUCCUCUCCAAGCUGCCGCACCUUCUUAUCAAGUGCAAUU